AUGGAGGUACCAGCCCUGGCGCACAGCAUCACCAGUCCGCUGAGUCCCUGCGAGGGGAUGAUCAAGGACCUGAGCCUGGACGCCAUACAGCUGUGCGAGCGCGAUGGGAGUAAAUCCCAGGACGGCAGCAUCUCGGAGAAUGAGGAGCUUCCUGUUCCCCAGAACAUCAAGAUCAGCAACAUCACCUGCGACUCCUUCAAGAUCUGCUGGGACAUGGAGCCACGCAGCAAGGAACGCAUCACACACUACUUCAUCGACCUGAACAAGAAGGAGAACAAGAACUCAAACAAGUUCAAGCACAAGGAUGUUCCGACCAAGCUGGUGGCCAAGGCCGUGCCCCUGCCCAUGACGGUCCGGGGCCACUGGUUCCUCAGCCCACGCACCGAGUACACCGUGGCCGUGCAGACCGCCUCCAAGCAGACCGACGGGGACUACGCCGUCUCCGAGUGGAGUGAGAUCAUCGAGUUCUGCACCGGCGAUUAUUCCACGGUGCAUCUGAACCAGCUGCUGGAGAAGGCCGAGGCCAUCGCCGGCCGGAUGCUGCGUCUCUCCGUCUUCUACAGGAACCAGAACAAAGAAUAUUUUGACCAUGCCAGAAACGAGCAGGAGAACCGAAUGCUGCCGUCGGUGAAGGACGACAGUGGCAGCCAUGGCUCGCCCAUCAGUGGGAAGCUGGAGGGCCUUUUCUUCAGCUGCAACACAGAGUUCAACACCGGCAAACCGCCGCAGGACUCCCCUUACGGCCGCCACCGCUUCGAGGUCCAGGCCGACACGCUCUUCAACCCCGACACCAACCUGUACUUUGGGGAUUUCUACUGCAUGUACACGGCCUACCACUUCGUUAUUCUGGUCCUGGCGCCGAAGGGCUCCAAGGGCGACGACUUCUGCAAGCAGCGCCUCCCUUUGCUCGACAUGGCCAACAACCCUUUCCUCACCUGCAAGCGGAUCGAGGAGGGCGACGGCGGCCUGCUGUUCCAUCACGCCCAGGACGUCAUACUGGAGGUCAUCUACACGGAGCCCGUGGACCUGUCGUCGGGCACGGUGGCCGAGAUCAGCGGGUACCAGCAGAUGAGCAAUUCCACGGUAAACGCCAAGAAGGACCCGAGCUGCAAGACCUGCAACAUCAGUGUGGGGCGCUAA